GUUGGCACGCACCAUGAUUGGGUUCCUGGGAAAUCCUGCCAUUGUCGGAUCUGCCUUCUUUGGCCUGCUUUGUUUGUCUAGGUCUAUACGGUCUUCAUAAUUGCUUUGUUUAUCCGCGUGGAGCGCUACAAGAAAUGCCAUGGCUUCUCGUUUAUCCCCAGAUCAGCAUGCCAGCGACAACAUGGCGACUGAUUCACACGCCGCGUUUCAAUGCCGUCGGCAUCAUGGCUUAGAUACGGACUCACAUACCGCUGAGAAACUGCAUCAUGCUUCUCCUCGGCAUAUGCACAUGACCAGUAGGAGGUUCUUCAUCGGCCCAAUUCCCCAAGGCUGGCUGCAGAACCACCGCAAGUCAUGGUGGAGAACCCGGAUGAAGUUCGGCAAAUAUUCCUCUAAAACCGUCACCUUCUCCGCAGAUCCAAUCGUGGCGCAUUACACACAGGGCUCCGACACCGACCAGGACGAUUCGGCACCAGAAGAAUCACCGGCCGCAACAGAUACCACAGAGGAUGAAUGGACGGAAAGGGAACAAGAGGAUGAGACUAGUGACCAAGAAGCGCGCCCACAAAGCGAUCUCCGCACUGUACCUUACACGCUCGCGGAAGAUCAUGAUAUCUCUCGCAUCACUACCACUGCGUCAGACACUGCCAUUUCACAUCAAGGGGACAAUGAACACGAUUGGAAUCCAUCGAUGGGGAAACGGGAUGGGAGUUCUGCAUACUAUACAGCCAGGGAGCAGGAGCCCAAUGACGCGGCUGGGGCGUCCUCAAGCACCAUGAACGCGGAGCAGCUUGAGCAAGGAUCAAGCAAGCAAACGCUAAGUACCCCAAGCCAAAAUGGAGCCAGUCAGUCAAGUCCCUUGGCACCUGCUAGUGAUUAUGGGUCUACAACCGCGUUACUAAGGCCGGACUCGAGAUCCAAAGGAAAAGGAAGGGUCCCUACUACAUCCUCCAUGAACCUUGAACAGCAGGAGCCUCAGGUCGAGACUGCCGAAGAGGAGCCCCUCCGAAAUGGGCGUCGAUCCAGAAUGGACCCAUUACACCCGUUUUCGAGGAAGGCCGCCAAGCAUAACCUAGACGAUAAUUUACUAGACAAGCAACAGAGAGUCCUAUCUCGAAUAUCGAGGACCCAGGCUAAAUUGUCGCGAAAUUUGCCGCACCGACGGAAGAUGAAAGAAGGGGAGGUCAUCAAGGCCGAAAAGAUGCUUGUGCGGAUCGAGGAGACGGUACAGGAGAAGCUUCCUGAUGAUUAUUCGGAGAACGACAGUUACAAGAUGGAAACAAGGGUCGUGGAUCACUGGCGGGAAUACCUGGUGGCGUGUCGUUUAGCUUCCGACGAAGAUGCGCCGUUCUCACUUCAGAUGUACAAAACCCGUGUUAUACCCGAGGUGCAGAAGGCAGGUACACGGGUUGCUCCAGUCUAUGAGGUGCCGUUGGGUCGAAAGAGAACAAAGGUAAAUCUCUAUUCGCAUCUGGAUAAAGCAAUCGUUCUCUGGGGUCCAUGUAAGCAUGGGACCAAAAUCUACAUCAUUCGACCGAAAUCUUCCGCGCACGCCGUUGAAUGGUUUACAUUCCUCAGCCAAGUCAUGGGAAGACGCCGCCCAUCUUCGCUUCCUAUUCAUGUCCCUGACUUGGGCGUCUCUCUUGUGUUUAACAAUCCUUUCGGACAGUUGGAAGCCGCCCUUGACUCGCAGAAAAAGAACACUGGCAUUCUCAGUCGGGCGGUAAUCCACGAAGAAUCGGCAGCCACAGCCAUCGUACAGGGGUGUUUGAAACUGCUGGAAAACCGCCCGGAGUGGGCCGAGGUGCUGCAAAGGUGGUCCAAAACCGAGAUCAUGGGGCUUGCCUGGAAACGGUACGACCGACUGGAGUGGAUUCUUGGCGCUAAUGAGGAAAGGAUGUACGGCUCUCUUGCUAUGCACACUUCUCAUGAGCUCGAGUUGCGACCAAGGCAGCAUUACAACACAUACAUCAAGCGUGAUGGAGAGAAAGCAGACGAGCCUGAACCUGUGGAAGGCUUCCUGGUGCGUCUUACAUCCCAACGGGGUGUACAUCAGCGAAUGAACAAGAUGUUUUUCAAGCGUUUAUACUUUUUCACCCAGGAUCAUUACCUGUUUUUCUGCAGACCGUCGAAGUCGCUCCCCCCAGCGCCUCCAAGGCUGUGCCGCAGUGGGUCUGAUAUGCCUUCCACGCAGCAAAUUCUGGACGCAUCGCCUCUGUCUUAUGAAGUUGACCCAUAUCCGCUUCAGGAUGGGGACAUCUCCUGGUUGCUGAGUGGCAACAAAGAGCACAUCAGAAAACAUGAUGAGGAGGCCUUUGUACAGCGGCAGAGGAAUAUCCACAAUCUUGAGCAUGCUGAUGGUUUUAUCGACCUUAGCAAGGUGCAGGAGGUGCGGAAUGUGCGGCGUGGUAGUUGUCCCGCCGAUCCGAAUAUCGAGGCUGGACCAGAUGUAGAAUUCCACCCUGACUCUCGAGAUACGCACCGGGAUGACGGUGCAACGCGGCAAUUUGAUGACGACAGAACCUUUGAGAUGCUGCUAGACAACAAGCUCGUCGUCCGUUUCCAGGCGUACAAUGAGACGACUAAGAACGAAUGGAUGCAGCGACUUGAGGCUCUAGUCAAAUACUGGAAAGACAAAAUCGCAACUGAUGCGGCUGAGAUCAAGGCUCUCCGGCAGCGCAAUCUGGAGCUGUUGGGGAUCGAUGAAGAAUUGGAAUCCAUCAUGGGACAAUUUGCUAAAAAGUGGGAGGUCAAGAAGGCGGAAGCAUCGCCGUUGUUGCACAACGUAUGCUUGCUGUCAGGCUGUCGGACAAUUAAGAUAUCUGGACAGCUAUAUCGGAAGCCUCGUCGCCAUUCGACCUUCAAGAAAACCCAUGUUGUCCUAACGGCUGGGAAGUUGCUGAUUUUCCGAAGCUCACUGAGAAAGCGCAACGGUGUUGAAGUUCCUCAUAUACACCAGAACUUGGAGACCUCCAUCGACCUCAACGACUGUUAUAUCUACUCCGGUCUGUUGACAGACUCCGACUUGCUGUACGCGAACCAAACAUUCGACAGCAAUCACCCAGGUCACCAUUCCUUACCUCGGGUGUAUCUUUCGUCGGAUGUCUACACAAGCAGCGAUGAAGACACGGCGAUCACAUUCGUAAUCUGGCAGCCUCUCAAGAAGAACCUAUUUCGCGCACGAGAGCACGGGCUGACAGGACAGACGAAGCAGAGGCUCAAGCAAGUGUCAACGCUUGGAGUCCACGGGCGGACCAUUGUGUUCAAAGCCCGGAGUCGGAUAGAGAAGGACCGGUGGGUGCUGAGUAUCGCAUCCGAGAUUAAUCGGUUACAGGAGGAUCAACCGGAGGAUGUGCGCAUAAUCACAUAGCAUACCAAGCACAGGGACAUCGAGUGUCAAUUUCUGCAGGCAGAUCUACCGCUCCAUGAUGCUUCUAUCUAAUACAAGGCAAAGUAUCGUCUAUAUACAGCGCAUAAUAAUAAUACAUAAUCCAUCCAUA